AUGACGGCAGCGCAGCCAUGCCUGUGCCCUGGGCAUUCCCCACUCAGACCAAGACCCAGGCACCGCACAGCUGGUCCGGUGCCUUGUGCCGUCCUCGGGGAGCGCCGCCAGAAGGGGAAGCCUGAGCAGCGCUCGGCUUGCAUCCCAAGCAGUACUCCCAAAGGUACCUGUCUAGAAUCGGUGAAGAUUGCUAUUGAUACUGGUUACCGCCAUAUAGAUGGUGCCUUUGUCUAUUUCAAUGAGCACGAAGUGGGACAAGCCAUCCGGGAGAAGAUUGCAGAAGGAAGGAUCAAGCGAGAAGACAUCUUUUACUGUGGCAAGGUAAGAAUUGCACUCAGUUUAUUUAUACUAAAUCCAAGAUUUCUGUGA